AUGUCACAAACUGGUCCGUUUAUUCGAGUUCAAUCUGUUAGUGCACCACUUAAAGGAUCAUUUCCAUUGGAUCACGAAGGGACGUGUAAAUUGGAAAUGUUAAAGUAGGUUUUUCUUUGAAACCACGCCCGCCUUUGGGUUUUGGUGAAUCGAAAUUCUAAAAAAAACCACAUUCAACCUGUUUUUAGUCUCAAAAUGCUCCAAUUUUUGUAGCUAUAUGGUGUGCCUUCACAAAAACAAGCAACAAAAUUCGGAGUGUCGUUUGAAUGCCAAAGAAUAUUUCACGUGUAGAAUGGAUAAUGGUCUGAUGGAUCGAGAUGAGUGGAAAAAAUUGGGAUAUUCCGAGGAAAAAUAG